AUGGCAUUAGGAAGAUAUGGUAGAGUAGAUAAUAGGAGGUCAUCAUCGUCGAGUUAUGGUUCCACUGUCACCAUUGUGGUUUUCGUGGGAUUAUGUUUAGUUGGAAUUUGGAUGAUGACUUCGUCCUCGGUUAUCCCCUAUCAAAACGUGUACGAAGUGGCUCAUGAUAAGAAAAACCAACUCGAUGAUCAGGUUACACCGGUAAUCGAUAAUAGCAAUGACAGGAGCAACGAAAAGAAAAACCAAGUUGAUGAUCAGGUUACACCGGUAACCGAUAAUAGCAAUGACAAGAGCAACAACGUUCAAUUCGAAGAUAACCCUGGGGAUUUACCUGAGGAUGCCAGGAAAGGGGAUUCAAAUGUGAGUCUGUCUAAAGAUGAUGGCAAGGGCACUGGCAACUUAAGUACACAAGAAAACAAGGGGAAUACUGAAGAGAGUAAGUUGGACGAGUCUAAGAAGGAUAAGAAGCAAUUGGAUUCUCAAGGUGGACAGACAAACAACAGUGGUGGUGAGAAUUUAGCCGAGGAUGCAAAGAUAGGGGUCUCAAAAGUGAGUGGGGCUAAGGAUGGUGGCACUGGAAACUUAAACACACAAGAAAACAAGGGGACCGCUGAAGAGAGUAAGUUGGAUGAGUCCAAGAAAGAUAAGAAGCAAUUGGAUUCUGAAGGUGGACAGACAAACAACAGUGGUAAGAAUUUAUCCGAGGAAGAUACGAAAGGGGAUUCGAAUGCGAGUGUGGCUAAAGAUGAUGGCACUGGCAACUUAAAUACACAAGAAAACAAGAUCACUGAAGAGAAUAAAUUGGACGUGUCUAAGAAGGAUGAGAAGCAGUUGGAUUCUGAAGGUGGACAGAUAAACAACAAUAGUGAAAAAUUGGGUGGAUUAGAGGGUUCUGAAGAGAAUUCUGUUGACAAAAAAUCUAAUCCGGGGGAGAGCAACAAGAAAGCUGUUGCCAAUGAGAACGACAAGAAGUCUGAUUCUGGUAGUGGUGAAAAGAAACCGGAUGAAAAAUCAUCUGAAACUAAUGGAGGUAAGGUGGAUGGUCAGAUUGAGGGAAAGGUUGAUCAAAAUGGCAAAAAUGAGUCUGACAAAAAGGAUUCUGAAGGUGGACUGACGAACAACAAUAGUGGUAAGAUUUUGGGUGGACUAGGAGAUUCUGAAGCGAAUCCUGGUAACAUAAAGUUUGAUUCAAAAGAGAGCAACGAGAAAGCUGUCUUCAAUGAAAAGAACAGCAACAAAUCUGAUUCUGGUGGCAGUGAAAAGAAACCAGUUGAAAAUUCCUCUGGAACCAAUGGAACUAAGGUGAAUGGUCAGAUAGAGGGUAAGGUUGAUCAAAAUGAUAAAAAGUUGGAUAAAAGCUCUGAUGAGGCAAAAGAUUAUCCUCAAGUGGAAAACCAGAGCUUAAAUGAAGUUUCCUCCUCUGUUGCUCAGUCCGAACUUUUGAGUGAAACCAAUAUUCAGAAUGGAUCAUUCUCUACUCAGGUGGCAGUAUCAACAAAUGAAAAGAAGACUCAGUUAGCAUCCAAGGAAUACAGUUGGAAGCUUUGCAAUUGUACUGCUGGACCUGAUUAUAUCCCAUGUCUUGACAAUUGGGAAGCAAUUAGGCAUCUCCGUACCAACAAACAUUACGAGCAUCGAGAGAGGCAUUGCCCAGAAGAGCCACCUACCUGCCUUGUUCCUCUUCCUGAGGGAUAUAAACGCUCAAUUAUGUGGCCAAAAAGCAGAGAGAAGAUCUGGUAUCGUAACGUUCCCCAUACUCAGUUGGCACAAAUUAAGGGUCAUCAGAACUGGGUUAAAGUAACUGGAGAAUACCUCACAUUUCCCGGUGGUGGAACCCAGUUUAAGCAUGGUGCUCUUCUCUAUAUUGACUUCAUAGAAGAGUCUGCACCCGAAAUAGCCUGGGGAAAACGCUCCCGUGUGAUAUUGGAUGUUGGAUGUGGGGUUGCUAGCUUUGGAGGUUUUCUUUUUGACAGAAAUGUACUUACUAUGUCACUUGCACCCAAAGAUGAACAUGAAGCUCAGGUGCAAUUUGCACUUGAAAGGGGAAUUCCUGCUGUGUCUGCUGUGAUGGGUACUAAGAAACUUCCCUACCCUGGCAGAGUAUUUGAUGUUGUUCAUUGUGCAAGAUGUAGAGUGCCAUGGCACAUAGAAGGUGGUAAACUCCUCUUGGAGCUCAACCGUUUGCUGCGACCUGGUGGUUUCUUUGUGUGGUCCGCAACUCCUGUUUAUCAGAAAGGUCGUGAAGAUGCUGAAAUCUGGAAAGCAAUGGUAAAACUAACAGAAGCUAUGUGCUGGAGGCUUGUAAACAAAACUAGGAAGGAUCCAAUAAAUAGGGUAGCGGUAGCAAUAUUUAAGAAGCCUUCUUCUAACGAUUGCUAUAAUAGAAGGCCAAAACAAGAGCCUCCACAGUGUCCCGACUCUGAUGAUCCGAAUGCAGCCUGGAAUGUGUCAUUGAAAACAUGCAUGCACAAAGUGCCUGUAGAUGCAUCAGAACGUGGGUCUAAGUGGCCUGAGCCAUGGCCAGCAAGGUUGGAAAAAUCACCUUAUUGGUUGUUGAGUUCCCAUGUUGGAGUUUACGGCAAAGCAGCGCCUGAGGAUUUUGCCUCCGACUAUGAGCACUGGAAACGAGUGGUCCAGUCGUACAGAAAGAUGGGACUAAAGUGGUCAUCUAUUCGAAAUGUCAUGGACAUGAAAGCUGUUUAUGGAGGAUUUGCCGCGGCACUCAAAGAUCUGGGUUUGUGGGUCAUGAAUGUUGUCCCAAUUCGCUCUCCGGAUACCCUUCCUAUAAUAUACGAAAGAGGUCUAUUUGGCAUGUAUCAUAACUGGUGUGAAUCGUUUAGCACGUAUCCGAGGUCCUAUGAUCUUCUCCACGCUGACCAUCUAUUCUCCAAGGUUAAAAAGAGGUGCAAUAUAUUGUCCAUGGUUGCAGAGGUUGAUCGAAUACUAAGGCCAGAAGGGAUAUUUAUUGUCCGGGACGAUGUUGAGACCAUUGAUGAGCUUGAGGGUAUGUUAAGGUCUUUGCAGUGGAAAGUCCUCACAACUUUCUCCAAGGACAAGCAGGGCUUGUUGUGUGUCCAGAAAUCCAUGUGGCGACCUAAAGAGGUGGAGACGAUCGCAUACGCCAUUGCUUAGGCAUGCUUUUCGUUCGUUCGGCGACGAUCGCCUUGUUUAUAUACUGCCAGGUACUGUGUUUUUGUUUCAGUAACUAGCUGAAAAAUCAUGGUGGUAAGUUCUCUAAGUUAGCUCUUACGGCUUGUAUGACGUUAAGUAGGCCUUUAGUUUUGGAUCGCAUUUCAUUUAACCUAUAAGCUAUCACAGUUUUCAGCCAGUGUCGUACCAUUAAUUCUUCAUGGAAAAAUGAAUGCAUUUCCAUGA